GAUUACAUUUACUAGUAUCGUUACAGCUAUGGCUUAUUCUGGAUUCCGAUCUAGACUGCUAAUAUUUAUGCUCGUUGUAGUUCUCUGCCACAUUCCCUUCUCGAUCUCAAGCAAUGGAUCUCUUCGUCUUACUAAGCGUCUUUGUAAGAUUAAAAAGUUGGCUCUCCUUUUCGGCAGUCGCUGCAGCAGGUACAUCAAAGCUGACGUCGACUGUGAGGUGAGCGAAUGGGCACCGUGGACGACAUCACCUGAUGGAUGUGAGAAAAGUAGAAAGAGGGGUAUCACAAAAUUUGCACGAAACAGAGGAGCCGCAUGUCCUAACUUGACAGAAACGACUACAACGUGUAAUUUUACCAAUUCUGGUGAUGAUGAGACACAAAACGCAUUAGAUAUUUUUCGAACAGGACUAGGAGGCUUUGGAUCUGUUGGACCCGUUCCACUCAUUCCAGCGGUUCGCAGCAGAACGAUUCCCGUAGACCACGUGGUUUCGACUCCAGACCCACUCACUAACAAGACACAUAUCCAUAGACGUUCGUCAAAAAAGAGAUCGACGCUAAAUAUAACGUCUACAGCUUCUCCUUCUUCUUGUCCUCCUGACAGAGAUAUUGUCAUUGUUGUGGACAGUUCAGGAAGUAUUGGAAGCAAAAAGUUUCAAACUGCUUUGCAAGAUCUCGGUCGUCUCAUUCCUUAUCUCUGUGGCUUACAGCCAGCAGUAAUCACUAGAUGUCGGUCAGUGCGUCUAGCUUUAGUCACCUACGGCAGUGAACCUCGACUCGUCUUCGAUCUCGAUCAUUCCAAGGUCAACCACACGUACCAGCAUCGAGUGCAAAAUGAUAUCGUCGAUUUGCCUCGAUAUUUAUUGUCGCUAGACGGAUCGACUGCUACAGGUGAUGCGCUGCAGUUUGUAGGAGAUCGCGUUCUGCAAAGACAGCAUGGCAUGAGAAGCUACAGCAGUCGCACGAUCCUACUUCUGACGGACGGAAAAUCGAAUAGAGGAGAGAAUCCAGUCGAAGUAGCAAACACGAUGUACGGUAAUUACACGAACCUUGCAAUUGUGGCUUUGGGCAUUGGAGAUAGAAUUGAUUAUGAAGAAUUGAAGAAUGUCACAAAUCAUCACAAUCGAUACAAUCCGCUCGUUCUCUUUCUCCGCGACCAUCAAGCCUUUACAGAGAUCGUUGACAAAAUCACGACAUUCCUACAAUACGGACAGAGCAAAUGCGAACUAGACGUGUUGGACAGAAGACGCAAGUGACUUGAGUAGCAACACCAUGCACCAUGCACUUUGCAUCGGCUCUUGACCGUCUGUAUGUGUAGCUGCUUACUCCAUGCACAUCUGCUGCUAUCUAUAUAUGCAGCAUUGCUGCACUUGCUGUGCACAUUUGCCUGACGUAGCCAGACUCACAUUUUUGGAGGGCUAAACUAAUAUCAGUAAAUGAUAUUAGUAUUAACUAAUAAAAAUUCAGUA